CCCUUCCCUCCAAUUUUUCUCUUCCCUCCACUUUUUCCCUCCCUUAACACUAUAUUCCACUUUCCCAUUUCCAUUUCAUUUAGCCCUAAUUCAUCCGUCUCCCCUUUUGGUUCGUCCCUCAGUCUUCUCUUCCUCUUUGCUCUAUCUCGAUCUCUCAUUGCUCGAUCUCCAUCUCUCAUUGCUCGAUCUCCAUCUCAGCUGCAAGACUCCUCUACCCUAUCUCCAUCUCUCACUGCUCGAUCUCCAUUUCUCAGCUGAAGCACUUCUUCAGCUCAUCGUAGGCUCUCUCUACCAUCACCACCAUCAUCCUCCCCUUUUUUCCACCUGCGUUUCAGAGUACCUCAAAUUCAUAUUCUCCCUUCCCGUCACGGAUCCUACUCAUCCUCUCUCUCUUGGUGAUUUUCCGUCAGCUUAUCAAGAUUGGGUGGCGACAGAUCCUCUUGAUCUUUUCUAAGCUCCGACUCUUAAGGUGGAAUCAAAUCUGAAGGAAGGAUAAAUAAUAAGCUAACAAUGAAACGAACAGUUAGUGAAGUAGAAAAAGUGAGUGAACAAAAUACCGAAGCUUCAACUUCAAAAUCAUCACAACCACCGCCGAAGAAGAGACAAGGCCUGACACGAUGCAACAAUGUCGUAAACGCGACAACUUUAUUACCAUUAAGGGUUAAUAAGUAUGGACAGCCGAUCGACGUUGGAAGUGGUACAUAUACUAAUUAUUUGGGAACACUUGCCCGAAAAGGUAAAUUAGCUCAUUUGUGCUGCAAAACUUGGUGGGAGAUGCCUAAACGGCUAAAAGAGGAUAUGUGGAACAUUGUAAAGGGAAAGUAUGAUGUGGGAAUCAUGUCAAAACAGUGGACAUUAUCCUUCAUCGGAAUAAAAUUGAGGGGGUACAAGUGUGAAUACUACUCGGUUAUGGAUACAGAUGCAGAAAGAUUGGCAAACCCACCACCUGAUGUUGAAAAGGAGCAUUGGGAAUUUUCGGUUAGGCAUUGGGGUAUACCUAUGGCAAAGGAGGUCAGCAAAAAGAAUAAAGAAUGUCGUGGGAAGCAGAUAAUGAUUUCAUAAAACUCUCUCUCUCUACACACUGGUCUCUCUCUAAAACUCUCUCUACAAACUGUUUCUAUACACACUAAUCAUUUCCAAUCUGCUAAAGUUGGGUAAUUUUCUGUUCUAAUUUUUGGGUUUUAAUUUUAUGUGUUGCAGUUUAUGUGUUUUAACUUCACCAAUAUUCGUUUAUGUGUUGCAGUUUUUGGGUUUUAAUUUUAGAUCCAUUGACUGAUAAUAUUGAUUUUUUUGUUUUUGAAAUUUUAGUGAACUUUAAAAAAUAAAAAAAAAUAAAAAAAAAAAUCUGUCUCUCACUUCACUUCUUAUUUUUGAGCAUUUCACUUGAAUGCUUUGACUUAUAGUGACACCAGUUCGUUCUUCAUUUCCUAUGACAUAGUGCAAUGUUGAUAUAUUGUAAGGGACAAUGUCUCUAAACUAGUGAAGUUCAUUGAUCUUCCCAAAUUCCUCAGAAAAUUUCUCAUAAAUGUUAUUAGUCUUCUAGAUGCCACCAUAUAAAACUUGGACUUGUUGUAGUAAACAAAAGAUAGAUUUAAGUUUUAGAUAAAUUCACAUCAAAAGGCAAGUAAUUUCUUGCAUUUGGACUAGAAAUUUAAAAAAUUGAGUCCAUUUUUCACCGCUGCUCUUUCACAUUAGUCCAGAAUCUCCCUCCAUUCUGAAAGUCAAAUAUACCACCCAAAUGUUGGACACGUUUAAUUUAUUUUCUAUACAUUCAUUAUUUUUUUUAUUUUUUUUAUUUUGUAGGAAAGCAUAAAAGAACUUCAAAAAAGUUAUUCUGACUCGCUUAUUGGCAGUUCCAAUGAUUUGUUCUCCAUUGUGAGGGGAGAAGAGAGAACUGGUCGUGUGCGGAUGCUUGGCUUCAAGCCUACACCAAACGAUGUUUGGGGGCCCUCUCCUAGUAAAGCUGAACUAAUUAAUAAUGCCAAAAAAUCUGAUGGGGAGGCAUGUGCUGUACGUGUAGAGUUGCAGGAGACUAUUUCAAAAAUGCAAGCCGAUUAUGACAAGAAGUUGGAAAAUUUACGAGCCAACUACGACGAAAGGUUGGAAAAUGCUACUGCAGAUGCAACAACAAAAUUAUAGUGGACAGGUAUAUUUAUUAUUAGUUUUACUCUUUACUAAAUAUAUGCUUACUUAUGCCAAGAUUUCAUGUAUUUUGUUUUGUUAUUUUGAAGGGUUCUAAUUCUUUAAAUGCUCCUCGUAGAGUAUCCCCAAAUUCAUUUUCUAGUUGUGAUGCCAAUUCAAUGAAGGUUAUGAACUUUUAAUUUCUCUUA